AUGGAUUAUUUAAAAACUCGGCCUAAACUCCCACACCUAGCGGAUGAAUUUGGGCUGAAAUCCGAGAAAAAGGCACAAAAUACCGAAUUAAGUAAUUCGUUUUUUGCUUCAAUUAGCGGCUUAUCGAAGAUCCAAGAAGUUGAAGAAGUUGGAUCAAUGAGCAAUGACUCAGAAGCUUAUUUAGAUUAUACAAUAAACCUUUCCAAAAAAUCAAAUCUGACUAAAAAAUUGCCUUUUAUGAAAAAGCAUUUCCGAAAAUAUACCGAACUCCCUCCCCUUACUCUUCCCCAUCCCUCCAUGAGCUAAUAAAAGCAUUGAAAAAAUCGGUAUUUUUGAUUGAAAACACCCUUCUGUAAGCAAACAAAAAAUUUUUAUAAAAAAUAUAUUUAAUUUUAAAUUUCGGAAAAAAUAAUUAAUAAAUUUAAAAAAAUUAAUUAAAAACACGUCCUUCGAGCAAAAUUUUUUUGUUCGCUCACGGAGGGAGGAGGGUAGCAAUAAUGAAAAAAUUGCAUUCUUUCAACGAUUUUUAAGCAAGCUCAAAGAAAACCCUCAAAUUUAUGAUCACUUCCUUAACGAAGCUAAAAAAAAGCUUAUAUUAUCAAUUCCGAUUUACAGUAGCACCGAGUAUUAUUAUAAAUUCAUCCACAUUCAAAAUAGUAAAAAAUACCGAUCACUAUCACAAACUCCUGUCCCAACAGUUUCUAGAAAAACUCCAGAUUUAGAAGUAAAGCGGGUAGUAAACUCCUCUCCUCUUGGGUUUAGCAUAAAUGAAAGAAAUUUACUCAAAGAUUUGAUAAAAUUCCCAGAUAGUGGCCGAUAUCCCACUUUAUCAAGAACAACAUUUUCUAGGGCAGAGAGCAGGAGAAGUAGUCGGCCUACAAGCAAAAUGAGACGAUUGGGCAAAAGGAAAUUUCUUGAUAGAAAUAAGCCAAGCCUUAUCCGUCUAUAUCAAGAAAUAUGCGGAACUCCAAAACUUUCUUUAAGACUGUGUAGACUUUCAAUUCAAGGCUUCACCCAGCAUUUAAAUAAACGAUACCCUACUGAAAUAUCUGAAUCAAUGGCUAAACAUUUUGACUUCAAAAAUGGUACAUUAGAAGAAUUUUGCACAGAAAUGGACAAGUUUAUUGGAAGCUCUGACGAAAAGCAUUUAGCAUUUUGCUUUGAUAUUUUUGAUUUCAAUAAAGAUAAAUAUAUUUGCUAUCAAGAUGCGUACCUUGCUAUGAAACUAAGAGAGCAAGAUUAUUAUGAUAAUGAUAUAAUAAAGAUAAACAAAAUGUUUGAUCUAAAAAAACAAAGAAAAAUUCCUACUAAAAAAGAAUCGCGCAGAAGUAAAAGAAGAAAAAGCGUUUUUAGUAGUGCUACGAGUGAAAAUACAGACGAGGAAGAUGAGGAAGAAAAUAAAAAAAAAUCAAAAAUCCCGCAUUAUAACCUUGAAAAGCCUGAAGCCUUGACUUUUGAAGAUUUCUGUAAAAUUGAUUUCCAAGGGAAGCCACAAAUUUUUAUUGAUUUUUUGAGGCACAGCUGUGAAUUUAAUUACACUAUUUUGCCUGUGUUUCCGACAACGCCUCCAAAUAUGACUAGGAAAAACAGCGAGGAUUUGAUUGUUGAUAUCUCACAAAAUCCUGGUCUCUUAGAAAGUGUUCGGCAAGAUCCUAAUUUUUCCUACUUACUCCCCCCCCCCCCUCCGUGAGCGAACAAAAAAAUUUUGUUCACUCACGGAGGGGGGUUAAUUUUUUUUUUUUAAAAAACAAUUUAUAUAUAAAUUUUAAAAAAAUAUUUUUUUCGAAAUUUAAAAAAAAUCCUAAUUUGCAAAAAUUGGGAAGCAAAUACUAAUUUAAUUUGCAAAAUUUAUGUUUUAAAACGCAAUUUGUUUAAAAUUAAACAGAAUUAGCUCUAGAUUUCAUUAUACUAAUUAUCACUUAUAUAGCAAAAUUUUUUUCUAUUUAAAUUUUUUUCUAUUAAAAUAUUUUUGUUCACUCACGGAGGGUGGGUUUUUUGGUCAAAAAAUGGCGAUUUUUCUAAUGGUUUUGUUCGCUCACGGAGGGGGGGGGGAGAGUUAGCGGAGCUUGAAGAAGCCAUGAGCUUGUUUUCUGGAACCCAACUUUACGAUUUAUUAGAAAAAUUUGAAAUUCUAAGAUGUAAAGAUAUGAAAAGUUUGAAAACAAUUUCAAAAACAUCUAUGAAAGAAAAAUGACCGGAGCUAUUUGGUGCUAAAUGCGAUUAUGUCGCUGAAAGAAUUUAUCAUUUUUUAGCUGGACCAAAGUAUGAGGAUGUGACAAAAUCGAGGUUUUUAAAUGCUGUUCAUUUAUUACUGAAUAUAAAUAAUGAUUAUUUUUUGAGGGGUUUUAGCUUUCAUAUAUAUGACGCAAGAGGAGAUGGAGUAAUUACGGCUGAUGAAGCUUACAAUAUGCUAGAAGCACUUCCUGUAGGGUCACCUAUAUAUUAUGAGUGUUUGCGGUAAAAGAUAUUUAGUAUAGUCAAUGAGCUUCUUGCAAGUAUUUUUGGAAGGAGAAUAACUCCAAUCACAACGAUUGAUUUUUAUAAAUUCAUUGAAUUUAUACCGGAUUCUCUAUUUAUUAAAGAAGUUUUAGAAGUUUUUCAGAUUCCGUUAGUUAAACUCAAGGAAAGAGCGAAUUCUUCGUUUAUUCCUAUUGAAGUGAAGAAUGAAGAAGAUAAAAAAGUUAUUGAAACUUUAAGGCUAGCAACCCAAGAAAUUUUUAUAUAA